ACCCCACCUCUUCGGCGUUGACAGCGUCGAAGAGCCCGAACCUAUAUAACCGCGUCAAGCACGCCGUAGUAGACCAACAAGUUUGUUGUUUUUUACUAGCAAACACCCCGCAGCACGGUGUCUAGGGGUCCUAGAGCCAUGAGGGUCCACCGGAACCUAGUGGUUGCUCUACUGGUAACGCUACAUGUUACGUGGACAUGCGGUAAAGCCGUGGUCAGCAAAAACGAUGUUAAUGAACAAACCGCCGAUAUAAAACAAGCUGCACAAAGAAGAGUUGGAUAUGACUAUACUCCUGCCGGUUUAAGCGACGGCUAUGACGGAGGCCCAGAGAUUCCUUCAGGUUCCGGCGCAGCAUUCGGUGGCGAUGCUUCCGCUCAUAUAUCACUUGACGGUGGGGGGGUAGACGUGCAACACGUAGAUGUUCACCAAGUAGGUAUUCACACCGAUGUGCAACACAUUGCCGAUGUUGAACAUCAUUAUGAACAUCAUGAUCAUUACGAUCAUCACGAUCACCACGACGUUGUCGAUCAUCAUGAUCAUCACGAUCAUCAUGACGGUUAUUGGAAGAAAAAGGUAACGUGGAAGAAAGGUUGGAAGAAAAUUUGGAAACCGGCGCAGAAGAAAAUUUGGAAACCACAAUGGAAAAAAUACUGGAAACCGAUCUGGGUUCCCACACAAAAACCGGCAUGGAAAGAAAUUAAAGUACCCGAUUGGAAGAAGAUAUGGAAGCCGGUUUGGAAACAAAUUCAAGUCCCCGCGUGGAAAGAAAUUCAAGUGCCGGACUGGAAGAAAAUUUGGAAACCGGUAUGGAAACCCAUUCAAGUCCCCGCGUGGAAGGAAAUCCAGGUUCCCGACUGGAAAAAAAUAUGGAAACCCGUUUGGAAAGAAAUUUCUGUGCCCGCAUGGAAGGACAUUCAGGUGCCGGCCUGGAAGAAAUACUGGUAUCCCGUUUGGGUUAAAGAAGGUAUUCAUGGAGACCAUUAUUUAGGAAAGGAUCAUGAAGGUAAUGAAUAUACGGCGCACGACAUCUGGAAGAAGAAAAUAGUUUGGAAAGCGGCUUGGAAAAAAUAUUGGAAACCAGCCAAAAAGCAAAUCUGGGUUAAAGAUAAAAAGCUUGAGUGGAAAGCCGCAUGGAAACAAAUAUGGAGAACGGAAAAAAAGCAGAUUUGGGUAGCUGACAAGAAGUUGGUAUGGAAAGAAGCGUGGAAACAGAUUUGGAGAACUGAGAAAAAGCAAAUUUGGGUGGCUAGUAAAAAAUUGGAAUGGAAAGAAGCGUGGAAACAAAUUUGGAGGACAGAAAAGAAGCAGAUCUGGAUUCCCGAUAAAAAAUUGGAAUGGAAAGAAGCAUGGAAACAAAUCUGGGUGCCCGACUGGAAACAAAUUUGGGUUCCCGCGUGGAAGGAGAUCUGGAAACCAGUCAUUAUCCAAGAAUGGUUCCCUAAUCCGGAUCAUCACGACCACCACCAUGAAGAACAUCAUGGUUGGGAUAGAUCGGAUCAAGUGGACGAAUUGAAGUUCGGUAAAGUGCCUACAAGUAGUGUCGUUAGUAAUAGAAACACUAGUGACAAUACCCAGAAAAGCCAAAGCAAUAAGAGUUAGUGUUUGUUGACUGCUUGAAGUGAACGUCGUACCUUAUAUUACUGUAUAUACUAGUAUGUAAAUAAUUUUACUUUUUUAUUAGACUGAUCGUAGGUUGUAACUAAUUCAGCGCCGUCCGCUUGGAUCGAGAUAGAAAUCAAUUUCCUAAUAGAUCUGUCUGUAGAGUUUUAAUGCCUCUUUGUCAAGAAUGCUUUCAUAAAUUUUGAAGUAUUAUGAAAGAUUUGAAGCUAUAAUGAUAAGACGUAAUGACCUUUAAUUAUAAAUUAUUAGGCGACCUAUUUCAAAACGAAAUUAAAAUAGGCAUGCAGACAGUUCUAUUUAAGUGGGUGACACUUAACGCUUAUUCUAUUUGUUGAACUACUUUGUUAAAUGUCGUUAUUACAUAUUUAAAUAAAACAAAAUCAAC